AUGGCACGUGCGUCUGGAGGUCGGGGUUAUGUUGCCCCAUUGUGGCCUGGAGGUCAUGGACUCAUGGGUUUCAAACGAGAAACAGUGUCUCCGCAAGCUUUGGUAGGCUGCGUGCAUUUGACCCCCAUCAGACCCUGCAAUGGCAGUACCUUGGUGCAGUGUGCUGCACAUUUUGUGCAGGUUUUAGUAUUCUGUGGUGGCAUCUUAACUUCAAAAAUGCCUAAGGUUAGAAGAGCUAGUUCCUUGUCUCUUGAUCGAUCUAGGGCUUCUCCUUAUCCUUGCACCUCUGAUGAUUCUGAGCCAUACAACCUGAAAAAUCCCUUGGAAAGCAAGGAGAAUGUAAAAGAGUGGGAAGAAGCUAGGUGCCCCAUCUGCAUUGAACACCCACACAAUGCUGUUCUUUUAAAGUGUUCCUCUCAUGAGAAAGGCUGCAGGCCUUUCAUGUGCAAUACAAGCUACCGGCACUCAAAUUGCCUUGACCAGUUUUGUAAGUCAUCUCUGCCUUGCUGCUCUACCCCAAUGUUGCAAGAACUUCCUCUCACAAUCACAACCUCUCACAGUGCUAACGAGGAACAGUCGUCGCUUGGGCAAACCAGCCCCUGUGGGAGUCAAUUGGAACCAAAGCCAGUUUGCCCUCUUUGUCGGGGAGAAAUCUAUGGAUAUGUUGUUGUUGAGGCUGCUCGUCACUACAUGAAUUGUAAAGUGAGGAAUUGCUCUUCUGAGACAUGUGACUUUAACGGGACUUAUUCAGAACUGAGGAAGCAUGCCAGGUCUCAACACCCUUCUGUCCGGCCAUCAGAGGUGGAUCCAAAUCGACAUAGCGAUUGGGUAAGGUUGGAGCGUGAAAGGGACUUGGAAGAUGUCCUUAGCUUGGUCCAACAAGGACCUGCAGAAGAUAUUGUUGAUGAGGAAUCCGGAGAGUUCAGUUCCUGGAUGACUAACCUUUUCUCUGCUAUGUUUCGUUCUCUUGAGGUCAUGCUGGUUACUCGUUUGAUGGAUUCUUCUAGUGGCUCUUCAAGUGGCAGAGAGCAGACACAUAACCGCAGAUCAGGAAGAAUGCCCAGGGCUCAUUAUGACAAUGAUUCCAUUUCUGUGACAAGACGGAGCAACAUUUUAUCAGAUAGUACAUCUCGUCCCAGAGGUCUGCGUUGGCGAGCACCCAAUAAUGAUGUGGAGAUUAGUCGUGCUCCUAGAUGGAGCCAAAAUUCCUUGUCAGGUGAGAGUGGUCAUGCUUCUAGAUGGAGCAAUAAUUUCAUAUCAGAGCCUAAUAGCCGUGCUCCUAGAUGGAGCAACAACUCUUUAUCAGACGAGACUAACCGGGCCCGUAGAUGGGGCAACAACUCCUUAUCAGAGGAGACCAGCCGUGCCCCUGGUUGGGGCAACAACUCCUUACCAGAGGAGGCUAGCCGUGCCCCCCCUAGAUGGAGCAAUACUUCUGUACCUGAAAAUGCACCCCGUCCCAGGGGGCUGCGAUGGCGAAAUCAAAGAUGGCCAACUUACAACAACAGGCGGUGA